AUGGCUCGGGACAAGAAGAAGCCACCCAGUGCGGAUCCCCAAGAGACGCAUUCCUCUGGCCGCGUCAACCGAGAGACCCGGGACGUCCCUGACCUGCGACUGCUUCACUUCAACGACGUCUACCAUGUCGACCCCGCGAGUGCGGAGCCGGUCGGAGGGCUCGCACGUUUCAUGACGCUGUGCCGGGAAUAUCAACAAGGGGAGCAAUAUGAGAGUCAGCCCAAGAUCUUGACCUUGUUCUCCGGCGAUGCUUUCAACCCUAGCCUGGAGAGCAGCGUGACAAAGGGACGUCACAUGGUUCCUGUUCUGAAUGCCAUUGGAGUCGAUUGCGCAUGCGUUGGUAAUCACGACUUUGACUUUGGCGUCAAGCAAUUUGAAUAUCUCGUAGGAAAGUGCACAUUCCCCUGGCUGAUUGCCAACGUCCUGGACCCAGAUCUUGGCGAGGACGUGCCCAUUGGCAACGCCAAAAGAACUCACAUGCUCACCACAUCCAACGGCGUAAAAGUUGGCCUCGUUGGCCUAGGGGAGCGAGAGUGGCUGGCAACCAUCAACAGUCUGCCGCCGCAUAUCGUUUACAAGUCUGCGUCCGCGACGGCGAGAGAACUGGUUCCCCAGAUGAGACAACAAGGUGCCGAAAUCGUCAUCUGUCUAAGCCAUAUGCGGGAGCCAGACGAUAAAAAACUCGCCGAACAAACGGACGGCCUCUUUGAUAUCAUACUCGGUGGACACGACCAUUACUACAGCCACAGCUUCAUCAAAGGCACCCACGUGCUGCGGUCAGGCACGGAUUUCAAGCAGCUGAGCUACAUUGAGGCCCGGAGGAAACCGGACGGCUCGAAGCGGUGGGAUUUCGAUAUUUGGCGGCGGGACGUCACCUCGGAGGUUCCCGAGCAUGACGAGACGGCGAACCUUGUGAGCGAGUUGACGUCCAAGCUGCAAAACUCGCUUUCGCGACCAGUCGGGUGGACGGCCACGCCGUUGGACGCUCGCUUCAGCACUGUUCGGGUGAAGGAAUCCAAUGUGGGCAACUUUGUGUGCGACGUUAUGCGCCGAUACCACAAUGCAGAUUGCACAAUCAUGGCAUCGGGCACCAUCCGCGGCGAUCAGGUGUAUCCCCCAGGCGUGGUGCGCAUCAAAGACGUCACGACGUGCUUCCCGUUUGAAGACCCGGUUGUGUGCCUGAAAGUCAAGGGUCAGGCCAUCUGGGAGGCACUGGAGAACGGGGUGUCGACAUAUCCAGCGCUAGAGGGUCGGUUUCCCCAAGUGUCCAAUAUCGUGUUCGAAUUCGAUCCCAGCAGGGAACCUGGGAAGAGGCUGAACUUUUUGCAAAUAGGCGGGAGGCCUUGCGACGCAGAAGCAGAAUACGUCUUGGCCACAAGGGGAUACAUGGGGAGAGGAAAAGACGGCUACAGCAGCCUCCUUGUCUCCUCCGAAGGCGGUGGUGCGCAGGAAAUUGUCGACGAAGAAAACGGCAUUCUCAUAUCCGCCAUGCUUCGGCAGUACUUCAUGGCCCUCAGGACCGUUGGCCAGUGGAAACGCAUCUCGGACCACUGGGUCGGUGUAGCAGAGCGAGCCAACGUCCCGCUGUCUCCCUCUCGCGCACGCGACUCGGAAAGGAUGCUGGGUCCUGGCGAGCCGCCCAAGUCAGAUGACGAAACAACGAGUGCUACGUGGAGCGGCUUCUUACGCCGAAGAAUCGGCCUGCACAAGGAACCAUUGAACGAAGACGAUGACGACCAUUUCGACCCCCGUGCAAACGGCAAGAACGGCGGCGGUGACGAUGGCGGUGAUGAGGACCGGGACAUGGACUUGGAAAUUUUGCUGCUGAGGAAGUUUUGGGCGAGAUGGGCAAAGAAGGCCGGCGUCAAGUCCGAGGUCUGCGAGCCACUCAAAGAUUGCGACUGUGCCGUCGACUGGACGAGGGUUAUUGCGCCGGUCCUGGAGGGUCGCAUCAGGAUGCCAGCCAGCUUCCUCUGUACUUUUCGUCUUGCGGCCUCCCUCGCCGGCCUCGAUGCGGUGCGGGAACCAACGUCUACCGCGAACAUCGACCGCUCUUGCAAACCAAAGAACCAGCGCAGUCGUUGUCGUGGCGGCAAGAAGAACCUGGUCGUGUCAAUCGUCAGCCUCAAGCAUUCAUCCACGGCCUGGGCGACAUAUCAACGUACCCUGGCAGUGCCCUUCCCAGCUGCACGGCGGCGUCGAACCGCCCGCGUCGCCGCAUUUACCGGCAUUGCAGACCAAGUUGUCUGA